AUGUUCUUUCUUUCUUUCUUUUUAGCUCUUUUUCUUUCUUUCUUAGCACUUCUCUUUUUCUUUCUUUCUUUCUUUCUUAGCUCUUUUUCUUUUUUUUUUAGAUUUUUUUUUUUCUUUCUUUUCUUAGCUCUUUUUUUUUUUUUUUUUUUUCUUUUUUCUUCUUUUUUAUUUUCUUUCUUUCUUUUUUUUCUUUCUUUUUUUCUUUUUAGCUAUUUUUUCUUUCUUUCUUUCUUUCUUUUUUUCUUUUUCUUCUUUCUUAGCUCUUUUUUUUUUUUCUUUUUUCUCUUUUUCUUUCUUUCUUUCUUUCUUAGCUCUUUUUUCUUUCUUUUUAUCUCUUUUCUUUCUUUCUUAGCUCUUUCUCUUUCUUUUUUAGCUCUUUUUCCUUUCUUUCUUUUUAGCUCUUUUUCUUUCUCUCUUAGACAUUCUCUUUUUCUUUCUUUCUUAGCUCUUUUUUCUUUCUUUUUAUCUCUUUUCUAUCUUUCUUUCUUAGCUCUUUCUCUUUCUUUCUUUUUAGCUCUUUUUCUUUCUUCCUUUAACUAUUUUUUCUUUCUUUCUUUCUUUUUAGCUCUUUUUCUUUCUUUCUUAGCACUUCUCUUUUUCUUUCUUUCUUUCUUUCUUAGCUCUUUUUCUUUCUUUUUAGCUCUUUUUCUUUCUUUCUUAGCACUUGUUCUUUCAUUCUUUUUUUCUUUCUUAGCUCUUUUUCUUUCUUUCUUAGCACUUGUUCUUUCUUUCUUUCUUUCUUUCUUAGCUCUUUUUCUUUCUUUCUUUCUUAGCUCUUUUUCUUUCUUUCUUUCUUUCUUUCUUAGCUCUUUUUCUUUCUUUCUUUCUUUCUUUCUUAGAUCUUUUUCUUUCUUUCUUUCUUUCUUUCUUAGCUCUUUUUCUUUCUUUCUUUCUUUCUUUCUUAGCUCUUUUUCUUUCUUUCUUUCUUUCUUAGCUCUUUUUCUUUCUUUUUAG